AUGGGAAAGCAAAUGAAUCAACAAGAAAACAACAAAGGAUGCAACAAUACGAAGGAGAAGGAGUGCAAAUAUGAAGAAAAUAAGAAUAACACAAAAGGAAUUAUUAUCAUAUUGGGUGUUUAUAUUCAUUGUCAAGGAUGUAAAGAACAAGUGCUUAAAUCCCUUCGUGGCUUUGAUGGUGUGGAGGAGAUUGAGAUUGAUGAGAAAAAUCACAAAGUGAUGGUGAAAGGGAAAAAGGCAGAUCCUCUAAAGGUGGCUGAGAGACUGAGGAAAAAAAGUGGUAAACAUGUGGAAUUAAUUUCUCCAAUUCCACCUAAGAAGAAAGAAGAAGAGAAGAAGGAGAAGAAACAAGAGCUUAAGGUUAUUGAGGUGAUUCUGAAACUAUAUUUACACUGUGAAGGAUGUGCUAAAGAUGUCAAGCAAUGCAUUCACAAAAUGCCAGGGGUUCAAACAGUGGAUCCAGAAAUGAAGAACAACAUUGUGAAAGUGAAAGGAUCAAUGGAUCCACAAAAACUAGUAGAAUUCAUCAGCAAAAAAGCAGGGAGGCAUGCUGAAAUUAUCAAGAAAAUUGACAUAGAGAAAAAUGAAAAAACAUCAUAUGAUAAAAAUUCAUCGUAUAAAAAUCCAUGUGAUAUUAAAAAAGGUUGCAACAAUUGCCAGCAUGAUUAUUUUCAAUUUGUUUAUGCUCCUCAGCUUUUUAGUGAUGAGAAUCCUAAUUCUUGCUCAAUUUUGUGA